CUUUCGUUCAAGACAUGCGAACUGACAUGACACCUCAUCAUAGAAUCAAGAUCUGUGGUCGUAGUAAUUGUGGGGUUAUGGGUUUUUGAAAAUGGAUAACAAAGCGAAAGUUCCUCCAGGCUGGAAUGAUCCACCCAUGUUAAAUUAUAGUGCAUCUAAUCCACCACCAAAAUCACGGAUAACAAACAAACGGAUAGCUUUUCCUCUGAAUAGCACAAGUAAUAAUUCUGGUACCGCAUUACCAAAGCCGUUAAGCAACCUUCCCCCAAUGGUGACAGAGAGCGUGGAUAAAUCAAUAUCGAAGGAAAUUAUUGAGCAAACAUUAAGUAGGUUACUACCUUCUGAAGAAAAUAAACAUUUUCAUGACAUAUGGAACAGUGAUGUACCAGAAGAAUUUGUUAAGGAAGUUCAUUUAAUGACAAAUUGUUUAACGAAAAAUGACAAAGAAGGUGCAAUAACUCAUAAAAAAAAACUUUUGUCAGAGUAUAAAUCAAUAUGUGAUAUUUGGUUGAAAGAUUUCGUGUUUUAAAGUGUUGAAAAAAUGUUUGGAAUGAAAAUUUAAUGAUGUUUGGUUGUAGUGUUAAGUAAUAUGUAUUUAACUGUAAUAAAUUGAAAGUUGUGAAUUCA